AGCUCGUGAAGGACACUUUUCGACGUCUGUGUUGGCAGGAAAGUUAGUUCCUGCUCUGCACUGGCCGUUUCCUGUAUCGUACAGUGUUGUGAGACGGAGAAAGCCAUGUGUGUCGAAGCAAAGGAAAAGGCCGUCAGUCAGUGAUCUGGCCGAUGGGCAUCUCGCCUUUCACCUCAUCUGAAGAGAAAGAUUCCAGACCUUGAGAAAGAGAGGAGAACCGAGGCAGGGAGCCACAGGUGGAGGAGGAGGAGGAGGAAGAUUCAGGAGGAGUGGCCCCUACAUCUCUCUGUCUUGCUUCCAAUACUGGUGGGAAACCGAAUCGAGAGGGAAGUCUGUCACUGGCAGUCUAAAAAGGAUUGAAAUAAUUCUCUUUCAAUGAAGAAGCUGCAUUGAUCUGAUUGGCCGACUCGACAGGCUGGGUAGUGCAGCUCAGAGCCUAGUGCGGUUGCCUUGAGUAAAUUCUGACCUCGCUCUGGGCGUUUUGUCUGUGGAACUUAGUGCUCCUGGCGCGUUCUGUGUGAUCCUGCCUCUGUGAUUGGGUAGCUAAGGAGUGGGCGUGGCCUGUGAAAGAGCCAUGGCGGACCCCAUCAUGGACCUGCUGGAUGACACGCCACUCUUUAACCUGGAUGCCCUGCCCGAGUCCUUUUCGCAGGGCUCCUCCGACCCCGUGGAGGAGGCCCUCAAGCUGGCGCUGGGCCAGGUGGAUCCCAUGCCCGCCCCGGCCCCGGCCCCGCCCCCGCCCCCCGUCCCGCAACAGGUGCAGGUGUCGAUGGCCUCCGCCCUGCCGGUGACGAUGCACUCGGCCGUGACCACGCAGGGGGCCAUCCCGGUGGUCAGCAGUGCGGCACCUACGACCGUCCUGCUGAGCUCGCCCCUGACAACGUCCCAGGCCCAGCAGGGCGCCCCCAAGAUCGUCAUCCUGAAGGGGCCCCAGGGCCAGGCCCAGGUGCUGCAGGGCAUGGCCGGGGGCGGAGCCGGGGGCUCCCCGGCAGGGAAGCUCACCAUCGCCCGCGUGCUGACCGGAACCCCUCUGAGGCCCGGGAUGUCCAUCGUUUCCGGCGGGACAGUUUUAAAUGCGACGCCGUCGGCGCAGGGCCAGGUGAAGGUGGGCACGGGUGUGCAGCGGCUGGUGCAGUCCCCGAACGGGCCGCUCAAGCAGGUGCUGCUGACGUCCAUGCCCCAAACGCAGCUGCAGACCCAGACGCAGGUGCAGCUGCAGCCGCAAGCGCAGCAGCAGGUGCAGCUGCAGACGCAAACACAGGUGCAGCAGGUGCAGCUGCAGACCCAGACGCAGCAACAGGUGCAGCAGGUGCAGCUGCAGACUCAAAUGCAGCCGCAGCUGCAGCUGCAAACCCAUACGCAGCAGCAGGUGCAGCAGGUGCAGCUGCAGACACAAGCGCAGCCGCAGCUGCAGCUGCAAACCCAAACACAGCAGGUGCAGCUGCAAACCCAAACGCAGCAGCAGGUGCAGCAGGUGCAGCUGCAGACUCAAACGCAGCAGGUGCAGCAGGUGCAGCAGGUGCAGCUGCAGACUCAAACGCAGCAGAUGCAGCAGGUGCAGCUGCAGACCCAAGCGCAGGUGCAGUCGCAGUCCACUGGAGUCCGGCCACAAGGAGUCACCCUGACUACCAUGCCACAGCAGGGCGAGGCGAAGAGGAUCACUCUGGUGCUGCAGCAGCCGACCCAGGCGGGACAGGGUGUGGCCAUGGGCGGGGCCACGGUGGGGGCGGGGCAGCAGCCCCGGCUGGUGCUGGGGUCCCUCCCGGGGAAGCUGGUCCUGCAGGGGGGGCAGCUGGCAGCCCUGACGCAGGCCCGGGCAGGGCAGGCUGGAGCCCAGCCCAAAGUGCUCACCAUCCAGCUGCAGGUGCAGCAGCAGCCCAACGCCCAGGGGGCCAAGUUUCAGCUGGUCUCUGGAGCUGGCCCUGGUGGCAGCCCACAGGUGCUGCAGAUCACGCAGGGGCAAGGUGGCCAGCGGCUGGCUGUGCCUCUCAAACUACUGCUGCAGCAGCCCCAGGCUGGGUCCUCCUCAGCAGGGGGCGCUGUCUCCGUGGUGAAGGUCAUUAACACCUCAGUGGCCGGCUCCUCGGCCAUCACCACCACCACCUCGGCCUCGAGCGCGGCGUCUCGCUCGCCCAAGUCCCAGGAGCCCCUGCGGCGGGUGGAGACCCUGUGCAAGCAGGAGAAGGCCAAUCGCAUCGUGGCGGAGGCCAUCGCGCGCGCCAAGGCCCGCGGCGAGCGGAACAUCCCACGCGUGCUCAACCAGGACGAGCUUCCCGCCGGCGCCGCCGCCGCCGCCGCCGGGCUGGCCUCGGCCGAGCUGGGCGGGGCCGCCCCCGGCUCCGCCCCCGGGGGCAAGAAGAAGGGCGGAGGGGGCGGGGCCAAGAAGAAGAGCCCCUCCGCUGGGGGCAAGGGUGGCGCUGGGGGAGGGGAGAAGAAAGGGAAGGCCAAGGCAGGGGCUGGGGUGGCGGGGGGCGGGGCCAGCGGAGGAGGCGGAGUCGGAGGGGGAGGAGCCAGCGGAAGCAAGAGCAAAAGCAAGAUGAAGACAAAUACGAUCACUCUGGUUGGAGUGAAGAAGAGAAAGAGGGCGGGUUCGUCGGAUCACUCAGAGGGGGAGCUCAGCCCCCCCGCCUCCCCAAAUACACUGGAGGAAGACAUGUUGCAGAAGAGGCGCUCCAACCGGCAGGUGAAGAGGAAGAAGUACACCGAGGACCUGGACAUAAAGAUCACGGACGACGAGGACGAGCAGGAAGAGGAAGUGGACGUGACCUCGAUGGCGGGGGCGGGGGCGGCGGCCGUGGGGCCGAGCCAGUCCCUGGGCCAGCAGCUGCAGCAGGACCUCUCUGGGGUGGACGCGGACGGGCUUCCCAGCAUGCAGUUCUUUGUGGAGAAUCCCAGCGAGGAAGACGCUGCUAUAGUGGACAAAGUCCUGUCCUUGAGAAUUAGCAAGAAAGAGAUCUCUCCUGGACAAUAUGUGAAUGUGGAGGAGUUCUUUGUCAAAUACAAGAACUACUCGUAUAUGCACUGUGAGUGGGCCAGUUUGGAGCAGUUGGAAAGGGAUAAAAGAAUUCACCAGAAGCUCAAGCGCUUUAAGACCAAGAAAGCCCAGAUGAGGAACAUCUUUCAGGAGGAUGAGGAGCCCUUUAACCCAGACUAUGUGGAGGUGGACCGCAUCCUGGACGAGUCUCACAGUGUGGACAAGGACAAUGGAGAGCCUGUAGUGUACUACCUGGUGAAGUGGUGCUCCCUGCCGUACGAAGACGCCACCUGGGAGCUUCGGGAGGACGUGGACGACGGGAAGGUGGAGGAGUUCCGGAAGAUCGAGGGCCGGCCGGCACGGCUGAAGAGGACGCCCCGCCCACCUGCAAGUUCCUGGAAGAAGCUGGAGGAAACUCGCGAGUACCUGAACGGGAACACGCUCAGAGAGUACCAGCUGGAGGGCGUCAACUGGCUGCUCUUCAACUGGUACAACAGGCAGAACUGCAUCCUGGCGGAUGAGAUGGGUUUGGGGAAGACCAUCCAGUCCAUCGCCUUGCUGUCGGAGGUGUACGCAGCGGGUGUGCAGGGCCCCUUCCUGGUCAUCGCGCCCCUGUCCACCAUCACUAACUGGGAGCGCGAGUUCGCGGGAUGGACGGACAUGAACGCCAUCGUUUACCACGGCAGCCUGGCCAGCCGGCAGAUGAUCCAGCAGUACGAGAUGUACUGCAAGGACGACAAGGGUCACCUGAUUCCCGGCGCGUAUAAGUUCGACGCGCUCAUCACCACGUUUGAGAUGGUGCUGUCGGACUGCCCGGAGCUGCGGGAGAUCUCCUGGCGCUGCGUCAUCAUCGACGAGGCCCACCGCCUCAAGAACCGCAACUGCAAGCUGCUCGACAGCCUCAAGAUGCUCGACCUGGAGCACAAGGUGCUGUUGACGGGCACUCCCCUGCAGAACACGGUGGAGGAGCUCUUCAGCCUGCUGCACUUCCUGGAGCCGGCCCAGUUCCCCUCGGAGACCGAGUUCCUGCGCGAGUUCGGCGACCUCAAGACUGAGGAGCAGGUGCAGAAGCUGCAGUCCAUUCUGAAGCCCAUGAUGCUGCGCAGACUGAAGGAGGACGUGGAGAAGAACCUGGCGCCCAAACAAGAGACCAUCAUCGAGGUGGAGCUGACGGACGUGCAGAAGAAGUACUACCGCGCCAUCCUGGAGCGCAACUUCAGCUUCCUGAGUCUGGGAGCCACUCAGAACAGCAACGUGCCCAACCUGCUCAACACCAUGAUGGAGCUGCGCAAGUGCUGCAACCACCCCUACCUCAUCACAGGAGCGGAGGAGAAGAUCGUUGCGGAGCUGCGGGAGGUGUACGACCCGCUGGCUCCGGACUUCCACCUGCAGGCGCUGGUGCGCUCGGCGGGCAAGCUGGUGCUCCUGGACAAGCUGCUGCCCCGCCUGAAGGCCGGGGGCCACAAGGUGCUCAUCUUCUCCCAGAUGGUGCGCUGCCUCGACAUCCUGGAGGACUACCUCAUCCACAAGAGGUACCUGUACGAGCGCAUCGACGGGCGCGUGCGGGGGAACCUGCGCCAGGCCGCCAUCGACCGCUUCAGCAAGCCCGACUCGGACCGCUUCGUCUUCCUGCUCUGCACGCGCGCGGGCGGCCUGGGCAUCAACCUGACCGCCGCCGACACCUGCGUCAUCUUCGACUCCGACUGGAACCCCCAGAACGACCUGCAGGCCCAGGCGCGGUGUCACCGUAUCGGCCAGUCCAAGGCGGUGAAGGUGUACCGGCUCAUCACCAGGAACUCGUACGAGCGGGAGAUGCUGGACAAGGCCAGCCUGAAGCUGGGCCUGGACCGGGCCGUGCUGCAGAGCAUGAGCGGCAACAAGGACAGCAGCAUCAACGGGAUCCAGCAGUUCUCCAAGAAGGAGAUCGAGGACCUGCUGCGUAAGGGUGCGUACGCGGCCAUCAUGGACGAGGGCGACGAGGGCAGCCGCUUCUGCGAGGAGGACAUCGACCAGAUCCUCCAGCGCAGAGCCACCACCAUCACCAUCGAGAGCGAGGGCAAGGGCUCCACCUUCUCCAAGGCCAGCUUCGUAGCCUCUGAGAACAGGACGGACAUUGCGCUGGACGACCCCGAGUUCUGGCAGAAGUGGGCCAAGAAGGCAGACAUCGACUAUGCCACCAUCAACAGGAAGAACACGCUGGUGAUUGACACGCCGCGCGUGCGGAAGCAGACGCGGCAGUACUCCACGCUGCGGGGCGAGGGCGGGGCCGAGCUGUCGGACAUGGACAGCGACGAGGAGUACCCGCCGCACAACUCCCGCCACGCCCGCUCGUCCCGCCGCUCGGAGCGCCACUGUGGCUCGGGGUACGGGCGCACCGACUGCUUCCGCGUGGAGAAGCACCUGCUGGUCUACGGGUGGGGGCGCUGGCGGGACAUCCUGUCGCACGCUCGCUGUAAGCGCAGGCUAGGAGAACGAGACGUGGAGACCAUCUGCAGAGUGAUCCUGGUCUUCUGCCUUCUGCACUACCGCGGAGACGAGAACAUCAAGAGCUUCAUCUGGGAGCUGAUCACCCCGCCCGAAAAUGGGCGUGCCCCUCACACGCUCCUCAACCACUCCGGUCUCUCUAUCCCUGUUCCCCGUGGGAGGAAGGGGAAGAGGGUGAAGGCUCAGAGCUCGUUUGACGUGCAGAAGGUGGAGUGGAUCCGCAAAUACAACCCCGACGCACUCCUGCUGGACGACGGCUACCGCAAACACCUCAAACACCAGUGCAACAAGGUGCUGUUGCGCGUGCGCAUGCUGUACUACCUGAGGCAGGAAGUGAUCGGAGACCACGCUGAUCGAGUGCUCCGAGGCGUCGACGCCAGGGAUGUGGAUAUCUGGAUGCCGGAGAUGGAGCUGCAGGAGGUGCCCUCACGCUGGUGGGACACUGAAGCUGACCGGUCUCUGCUCGUUGGAGUCUUCAAACACGGAUAUGAGAUGUACACCACAAUGCGAGCUGACCCCUGCCUGUGCUUUUUGGAAAGAGUCGGUCGCCCCGACGACCAGGCCAUCGACGCAGAGCAGCACUCGGGUGAUGCGGAGCUGGGAGACGGGGGAGAUUUUGACAAGUACUCAGAGGACCCGGAGUUCAAGCCGUUGAGGAGGCAGUACAGAGACCCGUACGAUGAGGCCGACUCCAUGGCUCCGGACGAGGAGAUCUGCGUGGAGGACAGGGCGGGGGAGGAGGCGCAGCCGUCGGGCCCGACGGGGGCGUGCGAUUGGCCGACGGCCUCGUCGCUGACCGCGCGGCUGCGCAGGCUGAUCACGGCCUACCAGCGCAGCUACCGGCGCGAGCAGCUGAAGAUGGAGGCCGCGGAGAAGGGCGACCGCCGCCGCCGCCGCUGCGAGCAGGCCUCCAAACUGAAGGAGAUCGCCCGCCAGGAGCGCCAGCAGAGGUGGACGCGGAGGGAGGAGUGUGACUUUUACCGCGUGGUGUCCACGUUCGGGGUGGAGCGCGUGAAGAGCGAGGCCGGGGCGGGGCCUGAGGGAGGGGGCGAGCUGGACUGGAACAGGUUUCGGACCUUCGCCCGCCUGGACAAGAAGACGGACGAGAGCCUGACCCGCUACUUCAGGAGCUUCAUGGCCAUGUGCAGGAGGGUGUGCCACCUGCGGCCCGCACCAGGAGAGGACCCCUCCCUGCUGUCCCAGUCCCUGGCGCCCAUCACCGAGGAGCGCGCCUCGCGCACGCUGUACCGCAUCGGGCUGCUGCGGCGGCUGCGGGAGCGCGUGCUGCCCCACCCCGCCCUGCAGGAGCGCCUCCUGCUGGCCCAGCCCGGCGGCGAGCUGCCCGCCUGGUGGCGCUGCCCGCAGCACGACCACCAGCUGCUGCAGGGCGCCGCCCGCCACGGCGUCAGCCGCACCGAGCUGUCGGUCUUCCCCGACCCCGCCUUCUCCUUCCACCAGGCGCACCGGGACUUCCUGCAGGCCACGGCCGCCGCCGCGGCCUCCCGUAGCUCCACCCCCGCCCCGCUGCAGGGGGAGGGGCCCCGGGUGAAGGAGGAGGAGGAGGAGGACACUGAGGCAGGGCCGGGGGCGGAGUCGCGGCUCCUGGGGGAGGGGUCUGUGGCGAAGGAGGCGGAGUCUCCCGCCGCUAAGCCCCGGGGGCGAGCGGGCUGGGGCUGGAAGAAGUGCCGAGGAAGAGGAGGGAGACGCCGGGACGGGGAAGGGGGGCCGUCGGACACGGAGUCGGACUCGGACUCUGACUCCUCCGGCUCGACCCGCCGAACCGGCAGCUCCGACGAGAGCGGAGACAGCGACACCGAGGGUCGGAGGGCCAGGGACCCUCUGAAGCUGUGCGAUGUCGACGAGAACAGUGUCCUCUCCCUGACCCCCUCCCAGGAUGGGGCACCCCCUGAUUCUGCCAGUGACCCGCUGAGAGCUGAAUGGCCCAAGGACCGGGUCCUCAUAAAUCGCUUGGACAGCCUCUGCACGGCUGUGCUGACCGGCUCCUGGCCGACAGGGAGGCGAUCCGCCCCGGACCCCCAGCCCAACCCGGCCUCCGGGGAGACGGAGGGGGAGGCCGAGUCCGGCUACACCCGCCUGAUCCGCAAGAACAGCGGCGGCGCCCCCGGUGGCGAGGACGCGGAAGCGCAGGACACGGAGUUCACCGUCAAACUUCUGAAGGAGGAGGGGCUUAAGCUGACCUUCUCUAAGCAGGCCUUGCUGCCCAAUGGCUCGAGUGGAGAGGGGAGUGGUCGUCGGAAACGCAGAGACCUGGAGCUGUCGGACCCUGACGGGCCAGGCCCCAUGCAGGCUGGGGAGAGGGUCCCGCGCCGUAGGGAACUGCCGGAGUGGCUGAAGGACGAGGGCGAUGCUGACAUGCUGGAGCUGCUAGCAAACAACCGCGGUCAGAGGAAGAGGAGGAGAAGGAAGAAGAGUGAAAAGGUGAAGGACUUGACGACCCUGACAGGCAGUGAGAGAGUGAAGAUCAUUGACAUGAGGACGGGCAGAAAGCUGGGAAGCAUGCUGGGACCAGUGCUGCAUGAUCUGAAGGACUUCCUAGAGGAGAACCCUGACUACGCUGUAGCACCAGAAUGGGCUGAGGCUGUCCGCAACUCUGGUUUUCUUCCAAACAGCUUGUUACACAGGCUCCUCCCUCCACACCACGCUGGGCCUAAAAGAGGCCGCCCCUGCCCCCCGGCGCCUCAGUCCCAGCUGGAGGACCCGCUGCUGGGGGGAGUUGCAGGCGAGACCCUGGUCUCAGACGGGGCCUACAUGAUGGAGGACGAGGACCUGGACGACGGUGGCGGAAUCGCUUCUUCCCACCACUUCCUGUCGCCUGCCUUCAAUGUAAAGAUGGAGGGCGGGGCCCUGCAGAUGGACGCCGGAGACAGCCUAUCGCAGGGCGGCUACGAGAGCUCUGACAGGGAGGCGGCGAUUUUGGAUGAUGUCAUAAUGGGGCCCAAAAAUUCAGACUCUUCGUCCAGCUGUGAAGAUUAAGCGACUGUUCCUUUCCUCCCCGAUCGAUCAUGAUCCUUCACUUCCCCUUAUUCUAUUCCUCAUGCUUUAUUUUUAUUACUGUUGUUAUUAUUAUUAUAAAUGUUGAUGAAUUAUGGAUGGA